CACACACACACACACACACACACACACACACACACACACACACACAGCUUGUCUGCAGCAGCUCCCGGCCUCCAGCCGCCUGUUCCAGUCAUGCCUGCCACCGGAGCUAAUGAUCCGAAGGCGGAGGAUUUCUCCACAGCUAUACUAAAGCAGAAGAGCAGACCGAACAGGCUGAUAGUAGACGAAGCCAACAAUGAGGACAACAGCAUCGUCUGCCUCUCUCAGGUGAAGAUGGAGGAGCUGCAGUUGUUUCGCGGGGACACGGUGGUGAUGCGCGGUCGUAAACGGCGUCAGACCGUCUGCAUCGUCCUCACAGACGACACCUGCGGAGACGAGCGCAUACGCAUGAACCGCGUCACACGCAACAACCUGCGCGUGCGCCUCGGAGACGUCAUCAGUAUCAACGCCUGUCCUGAUGUUAAGUAUGGGAAGCGUAUUCAUGUUUUGCCGAUUGACGACACCAUCGAGGGACUGACCGGGAACCUUUUUGAGGUUUUCCUGAAGCCCUAUUUCCUGGAGGCCUACAGACCCGUCCACAAAGGUGAUAUAUUUCUAGUUAGAGGAGGAAUGAGGGCAGUAGAGUUUAAGGUUGUGGAAACAGACCCCACCCCCCACUGUAUCGUCGCCCCAGAUACCAUCAUCCACUGCGAGGGCGAACCCAUCAAACGAGAGGACGAGGAGGAGAGUCUGAAUGAUAUUGGGUAUGAUGACAUCGGCGGCUGUCGUAAACAGUUGGCUCAGAUUAAGGAGAUGGUGGAGCUUCCUCUCCGACACCCCGGCCUCUUCAAAGCCAUCGGAGUGAAGCCCCCGCGAGGGAUUCUCCUGUAUGGACCCCCUGGAACCGGGAAGACUCUAGUGGCCCGAGCCGUCGCUAACGAGACGGGAGCGUUCUUCUUCCUUAUCAAUGGUCCAGAGAUCAUGAGUAAACUGGCGGGAGAAUCGGAGAGUAAUCUGAGGAAGGCUUUCGAGGAGGCUGAGAAGAACGCUCCCGCCAUUAUCUUCAUCGACGAGCUGGACGCCAUCGCUCCCAAACGAGAGAAGACUCAUGGGGAGGUGGAGCGCCGAAUCGUGUCUCAGCUCUUGACCCUGAUGGACGGACUGAAGCAGAGGGUUCACGUGGUCGUGAUGGCGGCUACCAACCGACCCAACAGUGUGGACCCGGCUUUACGCCGUUUCGGUCGUUUUGAUCGUGAGAUUGAUAUCGGGAUUCCGGACUCUACGGGUCGGCUGGAGAUUCUCCAGAUUCACACCAAGAACAUGAAGCUGGCUGAUGAUGUGGAUCUGGAGAGGAUCGCUACAGAUACUCAUGGUCAUGUGGGAGCUGAUCUGGCGGCGCUGUGCUCUGAAGCAGCUCUUCAGGCCAUCCGGAAGAAAAUGACCCUGAUCGAUCUGGAGGACGAAACCAUCGACGCCGACCUGCUCAACUCCCUCGCCGUCACCAUGGACGACUUCAGGUGGGCUCUGAGUCAGAGUAACCCCUCGGCUCUGAGGGAGACGGUGGUGGAGGUUCCUCAGGUGAACUGGGAGGACAUCGGGGGUCUGGACGAGGUGAAGCGGGAGCUGCAGGAACUCGUACAGUACCCUGUGGAGUACCCUGAUAAGUUCCUGAAGUUCGGGAUGACCCCGUCCAGAGGGGUGCUGUUCUACGGGCCGCCCGGCUGCGGGAAAACACUGCUGGCCAAAGCCAUCGCCAACGAGUGCCAGGCCAACUUCGUCUCCAUUAAAGGUCCGGAGCUCCUCACCAUGUGGUUUGGAGAGUCUGAGGCUAAUGUGAGAGAUGUGUUUGAUAAGGCUCGCCAGGCCGCUCCAUGUAUCCUCUUCUUUGACGAGUUGGACUCCAUCGCUAAGUCCAGAGGGGGCGGAGCCGGGGACGCGGGGGGUGCGGCCGAUCGGGUCAUCAACCAAAUCCUCACAGAGAUGGACGGAAUGACCAAUAAGAAGAACGUCUUCAUCAUCGGCGCCACCAACAGGCCUGAUAUAAUUGAUCCGGCGAUUUUGCGUCCGGGUCGUUUGGAUCAGCUGAUCUAUAUUCCUCUGCCGGACAUGCCGUCCCGCACCGCCAUCCUCAGAGCCAACCUCCGCAAAUCACCUGUGGCUAAAGAGGUGGACCUGCCGUACCUGUCCCGGAUCACUGAGGGUUUCUCGGGAGCUGAUCUGACGGAGAUCUGCCAGAGAGCCUGUAAACUCGCCAUCCGAGAAGCUAUCGAAGCCGAGAUCCGCGCAGAGAGAGAGAGACAGAGCAGGAAGGGCACUGCCAUGGAUGAUGAUUAUGAUCCUGUUCCUGAGAUCAGGAAGGACCACUUUGAGGAGGCUAUGAGAUUCGCCCGUCGCUCUGUAAGCGACAACGACAUUCGCAAAUAUGAAAUGUUCGCUCAGACUCUGCAGCAGAGCCGCGGUUUCGGAAACUUCAGGUUUCCCUCCAGUUCUCAGUCAGGUGGAGGACAGGGAUCAGGUCAGGGUUCUGGGGGUCACUACAGAGAAGAUGGAGAUGAUGACCUCUAUCAAUAAUUCUAAUAAUUCAGCCAAUCGAGAAGCAGAGAGAUUACACUACAAAUGAAGCUUAUAGAAAAUGUUAUUUAACAGUUAUUUAAUAGCUGUGUUUUUAUAUCUGUGUUAGCAGUGUUAAAUACUGUUCGUCUUUAAGACUUGCAGGGCCAGAUUCAUAAAACCACCUGAGGACAGUUCCGGCCAGACACCGCCGGUCUCCAUCAUUAUCGAGGAAUAUUCCAUCCAUCUGCACCCACUAACAGCACACUGCCCAGUGUUUAACUAACAGCGCUCACAAGAUAACACCUCACAACUUAUACACACACAGGUGUGGGCGUUCCAAAAACUAUAUAUAUAAAUAUAGAUAUAAUAUUGUUAGAAUGCACUAUGCAUCAUCAUGGGGUACCACGGCAACCAUUCAGCAACACCUGAGUAACGGUAACCACCAGCAAUCCUGUAACAACCACAUCAUCUGGGAUACCAGAGCAACUGCCAAGCACCCCAACCACCUAGCAACCACUUAGCAACGGCAUAUGCAGGAUCCACAUGAGAUACCAUAUCAACCACCUAGGAACAACCAUAGCAAACAGAACUAACUUGGAUACAUAGAAAGAAGGUGUUGAUACUGUAUAAACCACCUUAAUAAAUAUAUUUUUAUUAAAUACAGUCAAAUAAAAUGUAUUUGUAAUAAUUCAUAAAGCCUUAUUAAGCUCUAUUUAUUCACAAUGGAUUUUAUGAAUCUGGCCUGUAAUGUGCAAUACUUAGGUUUAUGUUUUUAACCUUUCUUGAAUAAAAUAUGAUGAAUUAGCACUUUAGCAGACUGCUAAACUCAGAUUUAGCCAGUUCCUAUUUGUGAGUGUGACAAUUUAAUUGAAAAAUUGAUUGAUUUUUAUAGCUGUUAAUAGAUUGAAAAUGUGUUUUAUUGUCUGUUAUUGUGUUAUUUUAUAUUUUUUGUGAGUUUAGAAUGAUGUAAAAUAAAGCACUGGUGAUAAAUGAGGCAGUUUCAUAUUUAAGUAAAUCCGCUAAUGUAAAAAUAUAAAGAAUAAAAUCAUAAAAUUUCUCUUUCCUGAACUUUAUUUUAAAAUCAGUAUUUUCCUGAAUACAGAUCAAACAGUUCACGGCCUCCAAACCUUUAGUUUCCUUACGUUUGUCUAGUUUUUACAUCUAUUUUAAAACCUGCAGAAUUUGGGUUUGAAUAAAUAAAUAAAUAAAUAAUAGAUUUGAAUGAG